GCUUAAUUAUUGUGUGUAGAAUAAAACGGAGAAUUUUAAAACCUAGAAAAUUUCUAAGUUAUAACACUUCAGUAUUUGUUUUUUUUUUAAGUAAACAAAAUUAUUUUGUUGAAAUGAUUCUGAAACCACGUUUAAUAUCAUUAAUAUUUUGUAAAUUGUCAAUCGUUUCGGUUUUGAGCCAACGAUGUACUAAAGAAAAAAGUGAAGUGAUCACUUAUAUGGUACCAGAGAAUGUUAUUGAAAAAUAUUGGGAUCAGAACUGGCUUGGAAUGUGGGGCGAAUAUACGAGAUAUAGUGUGAAAAAUCGAAAGAAAUACUUCACGAAAACAUACACGGAAUAUGUCUGCUGUACAGGUUUCACCGAAGUGGAUAACGAAUGUUUACCCAUUUGUGAUCCGCAAUGUCCGCCAAACAGCAAAUGCACACAUCCCUUUAGUUGUACCUGCAAUGAAGGAUAUAGAAUGCGGUCGGAUGGCAGCUGUGAACCGGUUUGCAACACACCUUGCCCAAUGCAUGCCAAUUGCGUUGCUCCAAAUAUAUGUAUGUGCCUGAUGGGUUACACCAUGUUCUACAACACCUGUACACCAGUUUGUUUGAGACAAUGUCCCCGAAAUGCUAGCUGCGUUGCUCCCAAUAAAUGUGAAUGUGCAACAGGUUACAAAAUGAUUGGUGAAGAAGGUCAAUACUGUGAGCCACAAUGCCCCGACGGUUGUCCGGAGAACAGCAACUGUGUCAGUCCUGCACAAUGUGCUUGCAACGAAGGCUAUAGCAUAAAAGUGGACGGUAGUUGUGAGCCUAUUUGUAGCACAUCUUGUCCAGCACGUGGACAUUGCAUUGCCCCUGAUACGUGUAGCUGCUUCGAGGGUUAUAAAUUCACCAUCAAUAGAGAUGAAUGUGUACCAGAGUGUAAAUAUGAUUGUCCCGUUAAUAUGUAUUGCCAAUCGCCGAACAACUGCGCUUGUCGUACUGGUUAUGCGCCGCACUCUAAGGGGACGACAAAUAAAAGCUCGACAACUGCGCUGAGCAUUGAUGAGUGUACACCGGUUUGCAGUGGCGGUUGUCCCGCUUACAGUGAAUGUGUCGGACCAGAGGAAUGUCAUUGUUUGAGCGGCUACGCUAUGAAAAAUGUCGACUAUGCCGACAAUGAGGAGCCGGUCCAAGGCAACGGCAUAUGUAUGCCUAUUUGUGAGAUACCCUGCCCUCAAAACGCCAGUUGUGUGAAACCGAACGUUUGCGAAUGCGCCAUCGGCUACGAAAUGAUGCGCAUACCACAACAUUUGGACUAUUGUCAAGCGCAAUGCUCGCAAAAUUGUAAUGUGAAUGGCAAGUGUGUGGCGCCCGACGUCUGUGAGUGCUUUCCUGGCUUUGAGCCUGUCAAGAUUACAAAAGCAAGUAUGGAUAAUGAAGCCGUUGAGCCUGCUUACUGUCAGCCGGUCUGCAUGAAUGGUUGUCCGCACGGUGAUUGUCUUGGACCGAAUAUGUGCGUUUGUCAUCCAGGCUACUUGAUGGGCGCUGGUGGCAUUUGCGAGCCGACUUGCUCGAAUGGCUGUCAAAAUGGCUUUUGCAGUGAGCCCGAAAUUUGUGCUUGCAAUGAAGGAUAUCAAUUGUCCACAACCGACCGGGGUAAAUGUGAGCCCAUCUGCAGUGACAGUUGCAUUAAUGCCGACUGCGCAGCACCAGAAUUCUGUAUCUGCCAUGACAAGUACAAGCCAAAGUUUAAUGGUGCCUUCACCAACGAAUGCGAACCGAUGUGCUCACCCGAAUGUGUGAAUGCCGAAUGCGUGGCGCCGGAUCAGUGUAGGUGUCAUGAGGGUUAUAUGCCACAGAUGGGAAAAAUGAAGACACAUAUCUGUCUGCCACCGUCCACGAACGGCUCGACGAGCCCACUGACGACCGAUGUUUCUUCAACAGAUGCGUUCCAAACCACAACAGCUAUGGUUUCAACCAUCGAAAAUAUAGAUAAAGACACCACGGAGCUUCCAGUUGUUGAGGUAUUUAAAACAAAUUAUGACGAAUACGAGUCAUCGACUAAAUUAGAACCAAAUAAUUUGAAAAACUGUAAAGACUGUAAUUGUUGGAAAUUACAUCCAACCGAUAAAUGUUGGGAAAUUUGCGAUCUAGAGAAUAUCGCAUGUAUUCAUCCGAACUACACUUACUGCAAUGAAACAGACAAUAGUCGGAUGGUUUACAAAGUUAAUGGGUUGUCCAAAGUCUACACUUGUUACCCUGACGCCAAAUCCAUGAAAUACUUGACUGCCGGCGCUGGAAGGACCGAGCUACAGGUGGUUAUAGACAUUUUGGCCGUCGCAAUCAUAAAAGCAAUAAACGCAUAAUUGAUCUCCAGUCGCAUGUUCUCUUCUAAGCUUUGUCCGAAAUAGGAACAAAAUAUAUUUGUUUUUCAAUAUUUUAUAUUCACCAAAAUUGAACGAGCCAGAAAAAUAUUUCCUAAUGAAUAUUAACUCCAUAUUUCGUACUUUAUUUCCUAAGAAUAUCUUCAAAGUAAAAUUCAAAAGGAAUGAAUAUCUUCGAAAUUUUAUAUAAAGUUUAUAAAGUUAGUAACCGUUAUUAAGAAUCGAAUACUUAUUGUUACGCUAUAAUUAAGCAAAAACAAUAAACGAUAUUUCAUGAU